AGGGCUCCCUCAUUCUUGGCUUGGGCCAAGCAGUCAUAGGAUGGACUGUCGACUCUUCUGCAGGCACUGAAGUGACUCCUGAACACCAGCUGUGAGCUGACGUCCUUGCACGGGCGAUACUCCUGCUCAGAAGAAGGUUUAGAGAGACAUGGAGCUUGAAAGAAUCAUUCGAGACACACUGACAUGCUUCAUCCAGUCCCACAUCCCUGCUGCAGACCUCAGUGGGAUGGAUGAUGUUUUCUUCUCUUACAUCACGGGUGUCCUGGAAGAGUUGGGCUCACCAGAGUCCUCUGAGGAGACCUUUGACAUGGACACCUUUGUGGAAAUGAUGGAGGCAUAUAUUCCUGGUUUUGCAGAAAUCCACAGUGGUGAUGUCUGUGAAAUGAUGUUCUCUCUGUCAGAAAGGCUUGGUGAAGCUCGCAACAAAGAAAAAGCUGGCCAAAAGGCUGUGGAAAGCGGGAGUGAAGCACCCUCUGAAGACCUGACCAAGGGCCAGGAGCCUGGAGCUGGAGCCUGCAACGGGGAAAGGCUGUGCACUCCAACAGACGGAGCCGAGGCCCAGGAAGGCGAUGACUUGAAGGAUGGGGUGGAGCUGCUACUGGAGAUGUUCCCAGCCUGUACCGUGAGCCAGGCAGAGAAGGCACUCGCCAUGGCCUUGGGGAACCUGGAGGAGGCAGUGCAGUUAAUUGUGGAGGAGAAGGUGGAAAUUGGCCCAGCAGGUGCGAGUGUGAAGGAACUGGCACGGCCCCGCAGAGCGCCCAACCACGAGGAACUAAAACAGGUUAUCCUACAGAAAUACAUGAUGGUGGAUAGCGCAGACGAUCAGAAAACACAUCGGCCAGCUCCACCCAAAGAGGCUCCCAAGAAGUUGAUCCGCUAUAUCGAUAACCAGGUGGUGAGCACAAAGGGAGAGAGGUACAAAGACAUCAAGAAGCCUGAGAGCGAGGAGAUGAAGAGAACCUACAUCAGCCUCAAACCAGCAAGGAAGUACAAGUUCCACUGACAGCCAGGUCCUCCCGCUCUUCAGCCUCCACCUCCCCAGCCAGGCAUGGCAGGAUGGACACGUGGCACUAGGGAUGAGGGGACUCCACCUGCCACUAACUGGAACUAACCUGGGAGCCAGGACACUGCUUUCAGCUUCCUCAACUAACCCGGCUGACGAGGAGGAGCCUUCUCUCCUUGUGUAGCUGUCCCUCUGCCCCCAGGGGCACACUGCAGUGGCUCUCUGGGGCCUGGGCAUUCUCUGCUAUUCCUUGCAUGGGACAUUUUUAGAUCUAAGAUGUGGCUUGUGCUUUUGCAGCAAGCUUUUUACAAGUCUGUGUGCACUGUUGCUUUAAACUGAGUGCCAGUGGUAAUAAAGAUGAUGCGAGUUGGUGUGUAGUUCA